AUGGCCAUGGGCAUGACUUUGCCGUCGUACGCGUCAUACGUAUUCGUCCAGAAGGAGGGUGACUCCAGUGAGUUGGAUGCCACACUUCCGCUGUGGGUUUUCCCCAAGAGCCUGAGCAAGCUUGCCUUCCCUCCGGGGCUUGACCACCCCCUGCCCCAAACGUUCCAAGCCAGAGCGUGCAGCGCCGGUUUGGUGCGAUUGGGGUGCCAUGUGCAAGGCCGAAGGCAGAACUCUGAGUCACCUGGCCGCAUGCUGGAAACAUUGGAAACAGUGGAUCGCAAAAUUGGGUCACCUCGUGAGCUCGAGAAGCCGACCUAUGACUUCAACAUCAUGUUUCCAGGAUAUGACCAACAGCAACACCUGGAGUUCGAGCUGGUGCCCAGGCUGAUUGGACGAGGUGCUUGCAACAUGGCCGCCAUCAAAAAGACGGGUGCUGGCGUUUGUAUUUGUGGGAGGGGCAGUGGCUACUUGGAGAAAGCUGCACCUAACGGCAAGCGUCGUGAACGGGAUGCGCCGCUGCACGUGGCAGUGUCUUGCAGUACGAACGAGAUCCGGCAGGCGGCUAUGAAAGAGGUCUUAUCUCUUAUGAAGUACCUCUCGCGUCACUUCGAGCGGUUUUGUCGCAUGAAGCACCUCAAUUGCCCGACGGAGUUGUACGCAGUCGAGCCCGAGGUCCGUGCAGUCCGCUUUCGUGGACGCGCGCUGCGACGUUUGGGACGGGACAACCCCAAGGUCCCCAAGGGAAUGGUUGCACAACUUGCACUAUUUGGUGGCAAGAGCAAGACGGGACAAAAUCAGCGCCAAUGUCGAAACCACGCCCGAUCUGAGUGA